AAGUUAGUCACUAAUCCAGUUCGGUGUUUGGGUGUCCACGCCCGCCACAGUUGCGCCCGUAUCGUGCUACUUACAAGACGUCUGCUACGCAUCAUUCUCUCAGUUCAAAUUUUUGAAUCAAACCCACCAAUUCAAAUUACAAAACAAACAAAAUGGUUUCUGCAGUUAAAUCGUUAUUGGCUUUUGCCGUGAUUGCCAGUGUUGCCUGCUCAGCAUUCGCCAUCCAGUGCUACCUCUGUGACUCAGCCACUCAUCCAAAAUGUGGUGAGAAAUUCGAAGCGAGCGAUGAUAUGAAAUUCGAUUGUGCACGCGUCUCCCCGCCACGCUUCCUCCAGAACCUAUUCAACGUUAAUGCCACCGGCUGCAUGAAGAAGGUCCUCGAUGUGCCCGGUCAUCCACAAAUCGUGCGCGCCUGCUACUUUGGUGAUGUCUCGAACACUCAAUCCGGCUGUCGGCCAGAUCCCUCCUUGCCGUUCGUGAAUCAGUUGUCGUGCGAUGUUUGCACUGGCAAUCUCUGCAACGGCUCCAGCGCCACAGCUCCUAUCGCUGCAGCCAUCGUGCUAUUCUUCGCUUUGGCCCGCAUGCUGUCCUAAACUGGUUGGCCGCCACUGUCGAUGCGUAAACACACAAGCAAAACAAAAUACAAAUUGUCGUGUAAGGCUGUUUCUUCUGCAAAAUACAGCGAUAAAAUAAUUGUAAAUGUAUUUAGUUUGUAAUUUUGUGCAUUUUGGCCAAUCUGAAUUCACUUAUUGUACAAGUAUUUAAUUUUUUUUCAAAUUUUUCUCGCUUUAAUGUAUGCUAUUACUGGGUGUUGCGCCUCUACGUAUGCUGCUCUUUGUGGGUGCACAUCUACAUACAUACCUAGAAACUUGUGUACGUUUUGUUUUUAAAUAAAGUAUGUGUAUGUAAUUUUUUUUAA